AAAGGUAGAGAGAGUUCUGACUUGUUUUGUCCUGUGUUUUUAUGUACUUAUUAACCCCACCUACUGGCAUAAUGUGGCCCAAUCGGAGCUAGAAACGUCACUUAAAGAACCCACAAGAGGCGUGGCCAAAAACGUUAUUUUAUUCCUAGGCGACGGAAUGGGCCCAACGACUGUGACAGCUGGGCGGAUCUUUGCCGGGCAGUUGAAAGGUUUAAAAGGGGAGGAACAUAAGCUUAGCUUUGAUCAGUUCCCAUUUACUGGCCUUUCAAGGACCUACAACGUCGACUCACAAAUCACCGACUCCGCAGCCUCAGGAACGGCCUACCUGACAGGUGUCAAGACAAACCAGGGCAUGCUCGGCGUAAGUGCCGCAGCAGUGAAAUCAAACUGUGCAUCCACUGUAGGCGCCCAUGUCGACUCCAUCCUCAGAUGGUCGGCUCUUGCAGGAAAAUCAACAGGCGUGGUGACCACCACUAGAAUAACCCACGCUACUCCGGGAGCCUCCUAUUCUCAUUCACCAGACAGGGACUGGGAGAGUGACAGGUGGGUCUUCUGGGUCCCGCUUGGAUCCCUAGUUGAUAUGUGUGUGUCCAUGUAUGUGUGUGCCUGUGUGAUUCUUGGCGGGGGUCGGGCCUACUUUUAUCCUGAAGGUUUUGCUGACCCCGAUCCAGACCCCAGUUUUGACCCCAGCAAAGUGAGCAGGUUGGACAGGAGAAACUUGAUAGAGGAAUGGAAGAACGACAAAGCAAGGAAGUGGCAAAGUCAUCAAUUUGUCUACAACAAAGCCGGAUUGGAUCAUGUCAGCUCAGUGCAGACAGACUUUCUUCUAGGUCUGUUCACCCAGGAUCAUAUGACGUAUGACAUAGAUAGAAAUCGUACGAAGGAACCUUCGAUAGCAGAAAUGACACAAAAGGCCAUUGAGAUUCUCAAGAAGAAUAAACAUGGUUUUUUCCUGCUGGUUGAAGGCGGGAAAAUUGACCAUGGCCAUCAUGACAGUCUGGCCCACUAUGCCCUGUCCGAGCUAGUGGCCAUGGCUGAAGCUGUGGACGUGGCAAAAAAACUGACCGAUGAGACAGAGACUCUGAUCGUGGUCACAGCUGACCACUCGCACGUCAUGGACAUUGCAGGUUAUGCAACCAGGGGUACUCCCAUUCUUGGUCUCAGCACUCUCGACUCCAAAACCUCCCUCAAAGACGUCAAGGACAGGAAACCCUACACAACCAUCUUGUAUGCUAAUGGCCCGGGUUAUGGAGUGCCAAGACAGAAUCUGACCAAUGUAGACACGAGCAAUACAAGUUACAUAUUCCAGUCUGCAGUGCCCAUGUCUUCAGAAACUCACGGAGGGGAGGAUGUUACAAUUUAUGCCAGUGGGCCUCAGUCUUUCCUGUAUACUGGAGUACACGAACAGAACUACAUCCCAAUGGUCAUGGCAUAUGCAUCUUGUGUAGGGCCAUACGGCAAGGGAGGCAAACCUUGUGCCAGAGAUCAAGUGACAGCCCUUAAAGCAGGAACCUGUGUAAGUUGGGAAAAAAAUGCAUUUUUGUGGUUUACUCCAGAAUUUUCUAAAACAUAUUUCCUGCCCACUAAGAUCUUUUGUUUCCCAGCUACCCCAUCUUACAGUCUCCCACACAAACUACCUUGUCAUUUGUGCUGUCUCGUUCUCUUUCACAAACUAUCUGGCUAUCUAUAA